AUUCAUUCCCUGUUUUUGAUUUCUCGUUUCUAGAAAACGGAGUCCCUUUGAAUUCGAGCACAAGAAAUGGCCGAUUACAGAAUGCCGCCGCAACGACCGGUUCUCCAGCAACCGCCUGGUUUUCCAGGCCCGAACGUCCCUGCCCAACCUCCUGCUGCUUUCGCUAGACCAGUACCGAGAAAAGUAGCCCUUCCAGUAUCCAUCAGUCCACAAAAGAAAAGCCGAAGCUGUUGUCGUACCUCCUGCUGCUAUUGCUGUUUUCUCCUCCUGAUUCUUAUCAUCCUCAUUGUAGUAUUUGGACUUGUCUUCUUCUUCUGGUUCAAUCCAAAACUCCCACUCUUCCGCAUUGAGUCUUUCAAGAUCUUAGACUUUAAUGUCACGUUAACACCCAACGGUAAGUACCUCGACGCCCAAACGGUGACCCAAAUUGAGUUCAGGAAUCCGAACGAGAAGAUAACGUUAUAUUACGGUACAAUGGAGGUGGACGUGAGUGUGGGGAAGGGCAGCGACGAGACUGAUUUGGGGACUGCGAGUUUGCCGGAGUUCACUCAGAGGAGUAUGAACAAGACGAGUUUGAAGGUAGAGACAAAAGUGAAAAACCAGAAGCUGUAUGGUGGAACGGGUGAGAGACCCCAAGCUCGGCUGCGAAGCAAGAAUUUGGUUGUGAACAUGGAGGUUCAGACGAAGGUAGGAGUGGGGCUGAGCCGGAUGAAGUUGGGCAUGUUGGGGGUGGCUGUGAAGUGCAGUGGAACCAUGAAGGAGCUGGACGGCGGUACCAUGCCCAAGUGUACCAUCACCUUGCUAAAAUGGAUUACCGUGCAUGUUUAGAUUUUUUUUCAAGCAAGAUGAAGACUGAUCUAAUAAUGGAUUCUACAUGAGAGAAUUCUUGAAGAUAUGUAUCUGCACUGGAUUCUAUUUCUAGAUAUAGAAUUUGGCUUUUUUCUAAUCUAUUUUAAUUAUAAUAAUAUUAUUAUUAUUUA